GCUCGGCGCUCGCACUCCGACUCCGCCGCUUCACCGCGCGCUCGCCUCCCUGCUCCCGCCGCAGCCCCAGGGCCCCUCGCCGCCGCCACCAUGGACGCCAUCAAGAAGAAGAUGCAGAUGCUCAAGCUCGACAAGGAGAACGCCUUGGAUCGAGCGGAGCAGGCGGAGGCCGAUAAGAAGGCAGCGGAGGACAGGAGCAAGCAGCUGGAAGAUGAGCUGGUGUCGCUGCAAAAGAAACUCAAGGCCACCGAAGAUGAACUGGACAAAUACUCCGAGGCUCUCAAAGAUGCCCAGGAGAAGCUGGAGCUGGCGGAGAAAAAGGCCACCGACGCUGAAGCCGACGUAGCUUCUCUAAACAGACGCAUCCAGCUGGUUGAGGAAGAGUUGGAUCGUGCCCAGGAGCGUCUGGCAACAGCUCUGCAGAAGCUGGAGGAGGCCGAGAAGGCAGCAGAUGAGAGUGAGAGAGGCAUGAAAGUCAUUGAGAGCCGAGCCCAAAAGGAUGAGGAGAAAAUGGAGAUUCAGGAGAUCCAGCUGAAAGAGGCCAAGCACAUUGCUGAGGAUGCCGACCGCAAGUAUGAAGAGGUGGCCCGUAAGCUGGUCAUCAUUGAGAGUGACCUGGAGCGUGCAGAGGAGCGGGCUGAGCUUUCAGAAGGCAAAUGUGCCGAGCUUGAAGAAGAGUUGAAAACUGUGACGAACAACUUGAAAUCACUGGAGGCUCAGGCUGAGAAGUACUCGCAGAAGGAAGACAAAUACGAGGAAGAGAUCAAGGUCCUUUCUGACAAGCUGAAGGAGGCUGAGACUCGGGCUGAGUUUGCAGAGAGGUCAGUAACUAAAUUGGAGAAAAGCAUUGAUGACUUGGAAGACGAGCUGUACGCUCAGAAACUGAAGUACAAAGCCAUCAGCGAGGAGCUGGACCACGCUCUCAACGACAUGACUUCCAUAUAAGUUUCUUUGCUUCACUUCUCCCAAGACCCCUUCAUCGAGCUGGAUGUCCCACCUCUCUGAGCUCUGCAGUUUGUCUGUUCUCCAGCUGACCCUGAUUCUUUCUUUUCACAUCCUGCCGUAGGGCCAGGUACACACUGUGCUUCCUGUUGUACAGAAGCUCCUCAUUUCAGUGUAAAAUAAACACUAUGUAAGCUGUU